AGAUUUGAAAAAGGUAUUAUUCCUUCACGACUUCGUCACAUGACUUCGUCUCAUCACCAGCGGAUUUACCCCUGGUCCCGUUCGCUUGAGCUAGCUCCGUCUAAAGGGGGGGGAUUACUAAUACUAAAACCAACAACGCGGACCGGAACGGGGAAGUUUUCAUUUGCCAUGCUACCACUGUCACGCGAAACAAUCGAGGUGCGGUGUAGAAAACAAACCAAUUCUCGCAUCUCUUCUAGCUCGGUCGACCCAACAAUACGAGCAAAAAGAUCAAGAAGGCCCGUCCACCUCAUACGUCCAACUUUCUGAGUCAACUCGUAGCCAACCGUAUACAAGGGGGGAUCAACUGGGACAAGAAGUAUUUUCUCGUUCGUGAACCACAUCGCACACGCUGAAAUAUCGACACUGCAAUCAACAACAAGUUCUGCCCCAAAGCACGUAGAUGGCCAGACCUCACGGCAUACUUGGAAGAAGCAUCGAAAAUCGUGGAAUUCUAAGCCUUCGCUGCGCGGGGGAAGAGAUAAGGUCAUCCCUAGUUGGCACAGAAUACCUGCGAUGGAGGCUUCCGACCAAGUGCUUUUUGGAUUGUGCUUCUUCAGGUAGCCUAAAACAUUGGUCAAGUACAAUGCACUACAUGGUCUCCCUCGUGGACUUAGUGCACGCACAACUGCUUCGGAUACCGGGCUUAAAGCCAAGGCAGGAUCCUUCGACAAAUCCGAGCUAAGAGUCUUCGCAAAUUCCAAAAGGGAAAAACUCUCGGCUA